UCCUCCCGCCAGAGGCAGUCAGGCUCGGAGCCGGGGCGGGAGGGGGCGGGGGGAGCGUGCCCGCCGCCGGGAGUGGGGGGCGAUGGCGAAGCUCCGGGUGGCUUACGAGUACACGGAAGCCGAGGACAAGAGCAUCCGGCUCGGCUUGUUUCUCAUCAUCUCCGGCGUCGUGUCGCUCUUUAUCUUCGGCUUCUGCUGGCUCAGUGCCGCGCUGCAGGAUCUGCAAGCCACGGCGGCCAACUGCACGGUGCUGUCGGUGCAGCAGAUCGGCGAGGUGUUCGAGUGCACCUUCACCUGUGGCGCCGACUGCAGGGGCACCUCGCAGUACCCGUGCGUCCAGGUCUACGUGAACAACUCCGAGUCUAACUCCAGGGCGCUACUGCACAGCGACGAGCACCAGCUCCUGACCAACCCCAAGUGCUCCUAUAUCCCUCCCUGUAAGAGAGAAAAUCAGAAGAACUUGGAAAGUGUCAUGAAUUGGCAACAGUACUGGAAAGAUGAGAUUGGUUCCCAGCCAUUUACUUGCUAUUUUAAUCAAUUUCAAAGACCGGACGAUGUGCUCCUGCAUCGCACUCAUGAUGAGAUCGUCCUCCUGCAUUGCUUCCUCUGGCCCCUGGUGACAUUCGUGGUGGGCGUUCUCAUUGUGGUCCUGACCAUCUGUGCCAAGAGCCUGGCAGUCAAGGCAGAAGCCAUGAAGAAGCGCAAGUUCUCUUAAAGGGUGUCAGCUUGUGGAAGCCAAACACAGAAGCUGCACUUCUCGCCACACGUCUACCUGCCGAGCCUGUUUCCCAGCGCAGGAGGUGGAAGGGGCUGGGAGAGGUCUCUGAGAGGCUGCUCCCUCAAUGACAGCAGAAACAGGCACAACUGGAAGACUUAGAACCUCAUAGAUUGUUUUCCAUGUGUCGUAGCCAUGGCUGAAGGGUCCAGCUCUUAGCUGUACGGAGUAAUCGUUGCAGAAAAUCCUAUAGAAGUUAAUUUUCUUUAGGAAGUAACUGUGUAUAAUUGUACAGUGUAGGAUACAAACCAUUAUGAUUUAUGCUACUUAAAAAUAUUAAAAUAGAGUGGUCUGCAUUCUUUUCUAUUUCCUUUUUUAUGCUUAGAACACUGGGGUUUUAAAAAAGGGUCUUACGGAUUUCAUUUGAUUUUGCUAGAUUAAACUUUUCCUUGGAGACAGGGGUGCUGGCACAAGUCUCUCGACCUCACCAUGUAAUCCCCAGUUUCCAUUAAAGAAAAUACCUUCUGACUCCUGCUUGCAAAAGGAAAACUACACUGUUAAUUCAGUUUCCACGUCCCUUCUGUGACUCUGCAACAGGGAACCCUCAGAGGUUGGGAAAACUUAUCCUCCGACACCUGCCUAUGCCUCUGCAUCAUUUUUCACCAGAUUAUUUCUUAAAAGAGGGAGACGAUUCUGAAGAAGGCCCGUCCUAGCUCUAGGAGCACUGUGCCUCUUUAUUCAUCUGUUCCAAUUAUUUUUGAUUGGUUUUUUUUUUCUUUGUGCAAUAGAAUGUACACGAUGUGAAGGACACUUUUCAGCUUAGCUAAAUGCCGUUUUCAUUUCUUUUUUCUUUUAGGUCAGAAAAAAAAUGUCAAAAUCAGUUGAAGCAUUUUAUUUCUCAUUUCUUUGUCCUUGACUUGGAUGUUUUCAGUAUUAAAACAAGAAUAUUGAUGCAGUUGAUUUGUUUGCUUGGACAAACCUGGACGUGCAAGAGAUCACUCUGCUGAUGCGCAUUCUGUGCCUUUAUCAAAAGUUGAUUGAGGAGACCAUACCUCUUUGCAUCUGUUCUUCAACUCAGAUUCCAAAUAUCAAUCACAGGUCUCAGUGAAUAUCAAAUCUACCCUAUUUAUUUACCACAUGGACUCAAACUUUUGUUUAGAUGAGAUGUACGUUUUUGGUCAAGGAGACACUGACAGCAUCAUUUCUUUUGGCUUUCUUCUAGUAUUCCUCAGACAUGCUUCUAUUAGAAUAAAGGCAAAUGGGAAUUUAAAGACAAGCUCUCUUCAGUUAAUUGCUCCGAGUUCUAAGAUUACAUCUUAGUAGAAUGAUGGUUUCCUGACUUUUAGCCCACGUACCACCAGUGUUUUCUUAAUUUUAGAAUACAAGCACUUGAGAGAGCCAUUGUCUUCUGCAGAAGACUAGGGUGUUGGAUGACUAUGAUUUCUUUUUUUCCAAUUCAAAUGUUACAGAUUUCACUGUGAACAAGGUCUUGAACACAGUAUCACAGUAUUCAUGACAUCUUUUAAGGCAGCUACAGUGCCUUGACUUCAAUCCCAGUUUUCGGUUGCAGCAUCCUUGUUGUCUUGGCAACACAGUGAACCAUCCUGAAGCACAGAGUAACACGAAACUGGGAAUCAGAAAAAAAUCAUCGUCUUUGCAUCACACUGUGGGAGAGGGAGUCUAUCCAUUUUAUCUUCGCCCAAUAAUCUGUGAUUAACUGAUUACAAGGAGUGGAUGAAAAUAAUGCAUGGACAUAUGUGUUGGUAAAAAGGGCAGUUAAUACAUAUUGAUCUGAGUUGUUUACCAGUUUGAUACUCAUCCAUUUUGCAUAUUAAUGAAAUGCUUCUAGUGAGGCUCAGAGUAUAUCUGAUUAUAUCCCGUAGGUUGAUUUUUGGAAAAGAGGAGAAGUACACUGAAUUCCUGAGGUCACAUAUAGUUUUAAGGUCUUUCUUGCCAGAUCAAUUCGAGGUUCCUUAUAUGUACUGUUAAAGGUAAAAAUCCAAAAGAACAAGGAGAGGACAUUUUUAAUAUCAUAGAAGAGAAAGGAGCUUAACGUCUUAAAUGUUUAAAUUCUUUGUGUGUGUGUGUAAGGGAGGAAAUGGUCGAGGCUGCUGUAGCAGAAACCCCUAAAUGUGAUGACUCAUGUAAAAUAGAAGUUCUUUUCUUUCUCAUAUAGCAAUCCUGAGGCCAUUGAGAAAUACAGGGCAGGAAGGGCAGGUCUGUUUCAUAAGGUCACCAAGAGAACCAGAAUUCAUCUACCUUGUUGUCAUUACCAAAGACGGUGUUCCUCUCAUGGUCAAAGCUGGCUCAGAGAAGCUCAUUCACUUUGCAGCCAGUGAAAAGAGAGAAAGUGGAGAGCAAGCUAUUUCCUUUUAAGGAAGUUGCAGCCAUUACUCUGCUCAUGGCCCAUCCACAAAUGCUAACUAUAUAACUCUCUCUACCUAGCUUGAAGGAUGGCUGGGACAUGUUAUUUUCAGCCUAGUGGACAUAUGUCCUACUAAAACUCGGGGGGGUGGGGGGAAGAAAAAAGGCAGAAUGAAUACUAGAGUAAAUGACAGAAUGGUGGGCGGCUGUAAUUGGCCCAGGCCAUGAUGAAAAUCUGAGCAGGGAUGACAAAGAUCUCUUGCCCUGGCAGCAUAGAAAGUCCAGGGCAAGACCUUGAUUAGACCCUGAAUCUGUUCUUUUCGAGAAAUUCCCUUGUCCACUGUCUGUUGUGGCCCCUAGUUUGACUGGAAAAUUCUUGCUUGUCAGGCUCAGCCACACCUGAUACUUUGGGGAGGCAUCAUAGCCUUGGCAGGCAUCUGCCUGCUGGUGCAGAUUCCUAAACCUGGAUUUCCUUAGACAAACAUAGAUUUUUAUAGUUUAUAGGAUUAUUGUUGAUUUGGCUGUGAUCAGGAGUCUGGCUCCAUAUUUGAUGUUUGACUGCUAACAGCUUUCUCUUUCUGCUCCACCUCUGGGCAAGCUGAUGAAAGAGCCUGGGUACCUCCUCCUUUAGAGCAGAUGGGAAGUUCAUACCUGCCCUCACCUGCUCAUGGAACCCUCUCUCUGCUCCACUCCCUAAGAAUCAUAAAAGCCAGGCCAGUCAAGUCAUUUGGGGAUCUGCUUGGGAACUGCCCCACUCUCCCAGAAAGUCUCAUUAUGUGAACAAUAAACCUUUUCAUACCCUC